AAAAGUAGAAUUUACGAUAAUCCGUGCUCGAAACUCUGUGUUAUCUCGUCUAAAGUAAACAGCUUGCAGUCAGCAAUUAUAAUAGUCGUCACUCAUUGAACUAUUGAAAUAUUCCUACCUAUUGUACAUUUGUACCUAUUAUAAUAUUAUUGACUUUCAUUGGCGGCGAUCCGCAAACGGCGUUCACUGAUCGUAUGAAACGACGAAACCAGUCGGGAAAUCGUUCGACUUUCUCAAAAAUUGGAUAGUUUUGUAUUGUAGAUACGAUUCCGGUUUUUUUCUGUUUUAUUGCAAUUAUGUCAUCAAACGUGGGCGAUGGAGUGUCGGAUGCCGUGGAUGGAGUUUACGACGUGUACAGUGUGAGCUUCUGGCUGAAGGUGUUGUUGAAUGGCAGUCUGGUUGCCAUUAUUACGUUUCUGUUAAUGAAAAUAUUCAUGAAACGCAACGAGCCUGAAGUCGAAGAAGAGGAUGAUGUGACACUACCAAAAAUGAAAAAGAGAGAUUUCACCAUCCAAGAGCUGCGCGAAUUUGAUGGCACCAAAGGUGACGGACGCAUUUUGGUAGCGAUCAAUGGCAAAGUGUUUGACGUUACUAAAGGAAAACAUUUCUAUGGACCCGGUGGGGUUUACUCAACAUUUGGUGGACACGAUGCUUCUCGUGGUUUAGCUACAUUUUCAGUUAGUGGUAAAGAUGAAUAUGAUGACCUUAGUGAUUUGAAUUCAUUAGAGAUUGAGUCUAUGUUGGAAUGGGAGACUCAGUUUAUGGAAAAAUAUGAUUAUGUUGGACGUCUAUUGAAGCCUGGAGAAUCUCACAGUUACUAUACUGACGAAGAAGAAACCCCUACCAAUAAACUCCAUCUAGAAAAUCCAAAACAGUGUGAAUCUGAAAAACCUAAAAACUAUGCCGGAGGAGAUUCUACAAAUAUAAAUGAAUUACCAAAAACUGAAACCAAAGAUAACAAUAAGGAAACUGUCGACAACAAUAGCAUUGGUAGUCUAUCUUCAGAUAGUAAUGAUGAGAAACCUGAGGCCACUAAAAUAUUGAAUAACCCAACCAAACAAGAUGAAAUUGAUACCUUAGAAAAAUAGUACAAAUUAUUUAAAUAAUCAUCGGUAUUUAUUUUCAACUAUGGGGGACUUUGAACGGUUACAUCCGUUACGGUGAUGGGAUUCAUUAUAUACUGUAAGGGUGUUAAAAGUUUUUUGUUUUUGUACUUAAUAAUAUGACUGAAAUCAACAAUUUUAAUUCUUUUUUUUCUCUGGAUCUUCAUUAUUUGAACAAAAUUGAAGAUAAAAAUAUCUAUUCAUGUUCAAAAUAAUCAGUGUUAGUAUUUAAAAAUUUUGAAUGAAGAAUAAUCUGGUUUUGUUCCUUUAUUCAAUUUUUGUUGAAUACAAUUGAAGGAAUUACAUUUUUAUUUUUUAUAACUAAAUAAUAAGUAUAAUUAAUAUUGUAGUCGUUUCUAUCUUUUAGUGUUACCUGAUUAAUUCAAAAUGUACCAUUAUGUUACAGGGAACACAAAAUAUUUUUUUUCUAAGAACCUAGGAACUAGGUUUAACUACAUUAAAUUUAAUGCCAGAAUUAUUUUGAUAGUAAAUAUUUUUUAAAUUUUGCUAAUUUACACAUGGUAUAAUUGUACAGCCUGCACUUAUUUUUUGUCUUACUUAUAUAGCUUAUAUAAAAACUAUUACUGCCCAUAAUGGUGUAAUAAUAUUUUAAUAUAUAAAAGUAACCAUUCCUUGAAACACUGUUGACAAAAGUAGAUACCUACAUAAUUUUUGUUUUUUUUAUAAUAAUUAUGUUACCUUAAUCCUAAUGGAAUUUUCUUAUAUGCAUUCUUAUGUUUUUGGUGUGUUUUAAUUGAUAAAAUAAUAAUUAUAUAUAUAUAUAUAUAUUUACGUAUUCUUACUAUUUUCCUAAUAAGUAAACACUUCAGCAAUGUUAAAAUUAUUGUUUGUUACACAAUAUAAAGGUUUCUUACCAAUAAAUACUUCA